AUGAGAGGAAAGUCAAGGAAGCGCAGUUCAAAGGUCAUUAUUGGGAAACAGAAACCAAAAGUUUCCAAGAUAGUUUCUGAAGAAGAAAGUUCAAUAUCUGAUUAUCCAAUUUCCGAUGAAAUCCAAAGGCGUAUUUCUAUGAUUGGUCAAGGAUUUCAUCUCAAGUGCUCUCCAGACUUUCCAUUGUUUUACGAGUUUUGUGAAACUCUUCGUGCCGACGCCCCACUUGAAGCACUAUUAGAUGUCGGAUUUCGUCUGGUUGGUCCAUUUGAAAUACUUCAUUUAGGAUCAAAGGAGCCAGUCAAAAAUGGCCAAUGGUCAAAUUAUUACCGUUUUUAUCACGAUCCUCCGGAGUUUGUGACAGUGAUUAUAUGCACUACUGAACAAUACCAUAUAGGCUACUUCCGGGAUUCAUGCGAAUCUAAACCAUUUCUUGCCAAAUCAACGCCUAUGUCUAAUGGAGUCCUAGAGUAUUGUGGUCAGAAUUUGUUUGCUUGUCUAAGGUCUAUCCUGCAAGAAAAAUGUGCUGAAUCUAAUGACUUGUUAAAAAGUCUUAUUGAAUUUGCAUCUUUUAAGAAUAUUCCAACAGGUUUAUCAUCAUUUUAUAUGAAGGAUCGAAAGAAACGUCAAGUGUGUGCCACAACAAACCAUAUAGGUUUAAUGAUCGAUGUGACUAAGAAUGACAUUGGAUACCGUCCUUUAAAUAUUUCUUACGCUGAACUAAACAAAAGACUGGAAGAUAUUGUCAGUGAGAAGUCAAAAGAACGGCAGUUAAUUAAAUUUGCUCCAAUCGAUGAGUUGAUUACCUGUGUUCAGUUUGCCAACGAUGAAGGAGAUUUUGGUCAAGGUUUAGAAUUGGGCUUAUCAAUAUUAGCAUUUCAUCCUAAAGCUCAACCGCUAGAGACAGCAAACAUAUUUAACAAUAAAAUUAAACAUUUAUUGUCUGUCGGUUAUACUUUAGCCAAUAGAAAGGAAUUCAGUCAAGUAAUUCAGUCUCAUAUGGAUGACAGACGUAUUGAACCACUAACUUUCACAUAA